AUGGCCGACACGAACUACAUCAACAUCCAAGGCGACGACACGAAGCCAUCUCACGACCGUGCCAAGUGCCCCUGUGUGCUGGGCUGGGACCGCAUCAGCUACUCCGUGCGUGGCAAGGCAAAAGGCCCAGCCAAGCAGAUCCUGCAAAACGUGUCGGGGCGGUCCGCGCCAGGCGAGGUCACGGCCAUCAUGGGCCCGUCCGGCAGUGGCAAGACCACGCUCUUGGAUAUCCUGGCGGAUCGCAUGUCGACCGGUACGAUCGCUGGAACGGUCGACGUGAACGGAAAGACCCGGAAGAGCGAGAGCUUUCGUUUGAUGGCUUCAUAUGUCUCGCAAGACGACGCGUUGCUCGGGUCGUUUUCGGUCCUGGAAACCCUUCGGUACUCGGCCCAGCUCAGUGUGGCCGCCAACGUGACGGCGGACGAGCGCGAACGGCGCGUCCAGGCCGCCAUCGACGACAUGGGUCUCCGGUCAUGUGCUGACACGAUUGUCGGCGAUAUGUUUCGCAAAGGUCUGUCCGGGGGUCAAAAGCGCCGCCUCAGUAUCGCGAUUGAAUUAUUGAAACACCCGACGAUCCUGUUGUUGGAUGAGCCCACGUCUGGCUUGGACUCGGCAUCGACUCUCAACGUGAUGUCUCACGUGUUGAAGCUCAGCCAGAACCAGCACUGCACAGUCGUGUGUACCAUUCACCAGCCGAGCUCGGCCAUCUUUGACCUGUUUACGAACAUCGUGCUCCUUGCAAACGGUCAAACUGUGUACAGCGGCAGCCCGACCCACGCGCUGGAUCAUUUUGCAUCGCUUGGCCACCCCGUCCCGCCGUUUACCAACCCGAGCGAGCAUUACCUCGAGCUCAUCAACGCCGAUUUUGACGGGGCGGCGCGCGACACCUGUGCAUUCAUUGCGCAUUACAGCCAAAGCGCCAUGGCGGGCCACAUCCAGGAGCAACUGGCGUACGAUCGCCGUUCGCUUGACUCAACGACCGACGUCGUCAACUACGCAAAAAACCUGCGGCCGUCGGCAUUCCGGCAACUCGCAGUCAUCAUGCAUCGCAACUCGCUCAACAACGUGCGCAACCCCGGUGUGUACGGCGUUCGGCUUGUCAUGUAUGCGUUCCUCAGCGUAAUGGUCGGGACGAUGUACUUGUACACGAACAAGAGCCUGGUCGAGGACGAUCUGGUGAAUAUGCUCUUCUACGUCCAGGCGUUCCUUGUGUUCAUGAGCGUCGCGGUCCUUCCGUUCUUCAUCGAGCAGCGCGCCGUGUUUGCACGGGAGCGGGCGAACAACGCUCUCAACGUGGUCAGCUACGUCAUGGCCAACUUUGUUGCGUCGUUGCCUGGCAUUUUCGUCAUCGCGUUGGUGUCGUCGUCGAUUGUGGUGUCGCUCGCGGGGCUCCAUGCGUUCUGGUCGUUCGUCCUCAACUUGUUUUUGAGCCUCGUCGUGGCCGAGUCGCUCAUGCACGUGCUGGGGGCGACCGCGCCGCACUACAUCAUGGGGAUCGCCAACGCCGCGGGCAUUUUCGGCAUGUUCAUGCAGAUGGAAGGGUUCAUGGUCCCUGCCAAAGCAAUCCCGUCCUAUUGGAAGUGGGUCAACACCAUUGCGUUUCACUCCUACUCGUUUGAAGCGUUUGUGCACAACCAGUUUACCGAGAUGAACACAACCCGCGGCAAUGCCAUCCUCGAACGAUUCGGCUUGGUCGACGUCGACGUGGGCAAGAACAUGUUGGUGCUCGUGAUGUACGCUGUCGUUCUCGAAGUCGCAUUUACUGUCGUCUUGUACAAGUGGCACACUGGGCGGCGGUAAUCGGCGACGCACCACCACUUGUCCCAUGGUUUCGAAUAUUGUAGUGGUAAUUCAUCUCGUUCUUCUGGGCAAGUAUUGCAAAACGUGGAGUUUUUGGCGGAUAACAACAACUCGGCAUCGUCGGCGG